AUGUUCAAGAAAAAGCCAACGGUAAAUAUCACAAAGCUUGUCCACCCCGCAGAUGCCCCUCAUAUCACGUCGAAACUUCGGAAAGAGAUGAGAUCUAGGAUCAAAACACUCUCACCCAUCCGCUCUUCUGAUCGUCGAAAAAUAGCCGAUCAAAUCAUCAAAGAAUACCAAAUCGCCAUUCCCACCGCAGCUCCGACUGACGACCCCAAUACCAGCAACAACAAUGAAGAAGGAAACGCCGCUAAAGAGACAGCUACAAAUCUCACAGCAAUAAGAAACGCCCUUCUCCCAGAGAACUCACUCUCUGCAAGAUUCACGACAACAGCAGGACCAGAUCUUCGAGAAGUCCAGGGCACCGUAUACGCCGGCUCACAUCCCGAAUUAGGCGGCGAGGAAAGAAUACUAUGGUUCAAAAUCGAACAAGGGCCAGGCGCAGAUGGACGGAUAUACCCUACGGUCUACUCGCUAUGGCACAAUUCUCGUAUCCUGCCCUUACUACAUACUCCGUCUUUCGUCAUGGGAAAGCUCUUUGGGGGAGCUGAUUUGAUGACACCGGGUUUGGCUAAUGGGCCUCCAUUUCCGGAUAGAGCUGUAAAGGGGGCUGCUGUGGCGGUUGCGAGCUUGGAUACUCCUACGGUACCUGUGUUUGUGGGGGUUUGUGAAAUUGAUGUUUCUGCGUUGGGGGAGGUUCAGGGCACAAAGGGGCAUGCGGUUCGUGGGUUGCAUUGGGAAGGGGAUGAUUUGUGGUCGUGGAGUUCAUCUUCGAAGCCGGGUCAUCCUUCUCCUGAGUAUCUGGAAGGUUGGGAUGAGGAGAAAAUUCAGGAUGUUGAAGAUGCGAUUGGAGAGUUGACCUUGAAAGAGGAGCAAGUGGCGGCGCAAGCUGCUAGCCUGGACGAAGAAGGACAAGCGGCUCCUGAAGAGCUUCUUGAACCGGAGACGGAGCCUACUGUCAAAGAGAUCGAUGCUGCCUUCGUUAAGGCGUUCGUCUAUUCUCUGUACCAACUCAAAAAAGAUAACCCCAACACACCAAACCAUGGACUACAGCUCCCGGUUCAGCCAUCUGCGGUGAUCUCACGACUCGUUACCCCAUAUCUACCAAUCUAUUCCACACAACAAGCGCAGUACUAUCAGAUCAAAAAGACAAGCUGGAAAAACGUGAAGAAAUUCAUCAAAUACUUAGACAAGGAAAGACUCGUCAAAUCCAAAGAUCGCAACGGACAGGAGACGGUGGUCAUUGACGUUGACUUUAAUGAUCAUCGAAUUGAGCAGUUUACUCCCUACAGACUGCCCACCAAGAACAUUGUCGAAAGCUCCGGAAAAGCAGUAUCUGGAAAACAAAAGGUAGCCGAAGAGGGAGGUGGAGACCCAUCGAUUGGGCAGGUGAUUAUCGUUCAGGUCUUGUACAGACCGACUCAAAAGCUUACGCCUACUCUUUUCCCUCAACUCAGCACGACUGACCCGAAGAACUACUACAAAUACUCGGAAGUCUCAACGCGACUAGAUGAAUACCUCUCAUCACAAGAUCCACCACUUGUAUCCGAGUCUAAUCGGCGAAUCAUCAAACUCAACCCAUUUCUCGCCAACACCAUCUACACAUCUUCCUCACCCGAAGACAGAGCAGCCCUCUCCCGCGGCGAAGUGACUCGAGACAGCCUCCUGAAACGAAUCACAUCAGAUACUACCCUCCUCGCCCCUUACCACGCCAUCCUAAAACAAGGCCAAACAAUAGCAGACAUCAAACCCAAAUCCGGCAGCGCACCCAAAGUUGCCGUCAUGAUUGAGCGACGAGCAGGCAACAAGACAGCCACUAAGGUCUCUGGGAUUGAGUACUUUGGCAUUAUCCCUACACUGUUGGCGGAAGAGUUGCAGAAGAAGUGUGCUUCGAGUACGAGUGUGGCGCAGGCUACGGGCGCGGUGAAGGGGGUGAUGGAGAUUAUGAUUCAGGGUGAUCAGCGAAAGGCAGUUGAGACGGCGCUGGAGAAGAGGGGGGUCAAGUCGCAGUGGGUUGAAGUUGUGGAUAAAACGAAGAAGAAAAAGUAG